AUGAAAGCCAUUGCUGUCUCCAAGGUUAAUUCUGCAUCCACAAUGCUUCGAAGCGGUGCUUCCAUUCGGGAAAUUGCUGAAAAACUGUCUUUGGCCGACAGGCUCUAUUGUGUUCGAAAGUUAACCAAGGAACGGGCUUCAAGCUCCGUCAAGGUCACAAAAAUGUUGGAGAAGAAUUUCCAGAUGACGGUUCACCCGGAGACCGAUCGUAGAGCACUCCGCACUGCGGGCUUGGGGGCUAUCGAGAAGGAAAAGAAGCCUUUGCUUAGUGACGCUAAUGUCAAGAAGAGGCUUGCGUGGUGUAAACAGCACAAGGACUGGGCUGUUGACGACUGGAAACGUGUUAUUUGGACAGGCGAGACCAAAAUUAACCGUUUCAACUCAGAUGGGCGACAGUGGGCCUGGAUUCGAUCUGGUGAACAACUUCAAAACCACCAUGUCAAGCUCACGGUAAAACACGGUGGUGGCAGUAUCAUGUUUGGAGUGUCAUUACGUAUGCUGGUGUUGGCUGGAUGUGCAAAAUAA